ACACACUUAUUGUCCAUAUCUCGAUCUUCUCUCAAAUUCCCCACUUUGAUUUUGAGAACUUAUUAAUGGCGGCGCUACAAGCUCCUUCUAAUCUUGUCUUCACCGUGAGCAGGUGCCAACCGGAGUUUAUAGCUCCGGCGAAGCCUACUCCUCAGGAAGUGAAGCUUCUUUCAGACAUAGAUGACCAAGCUGGUUUACGAGCCCAGACUCCAUUCAUACACUUUUAUCGUUCUGAACCUUCCAUGGCAGGGAAGGAUCCAGUAAAAGUCAUCAGAGAAGCAUUGGCUCAGACACUUGUGUUUUACUAUCCAUUUGCAGGAAGACUUAGAGAAGGUGAAUUUGGCAAACUUAUGGUGGAUUGUAAUGGGGAAGGCGUUAUGUUCAUUGAGGCUGAUGCCGAUGUCAUCCUUCAACAGUUUGGUGAUGAUCUUCAUCCUCCAUUUCCAUGCUUCCAAGAUCUUCUUUACUCACCCGCAGGUUCAGAUGGAAACCUUCACUGUCCCAUCUUGCUCAUUCAGGUAACACGUCUCAAGUGUGGUGGCUUCAUCUUUGGCCUUCGCAUGAAUCAUAGUAUGAGCGAUGGACCUGGUAUUGCACAAUUCAUGAAAGCCCUGGCCGAAAUAGCCAAAGGUGCAACCCAACCUUCGAUUCUACCAGUCUGGAACAGAGAUCUUCUAAACGCAAGAGACCCACCAAACAUUACACUCACCCAUCAUGAGUACGAUGAAGUGGUCGGCGACCAUAUUCCCUCCACCAACAUUGUUCAUCGGUCUUUCUUCUUCGGACCCUCCGAAGUCUCAUCCCUCCGUAGAUUACUUCCCAACCACCUAACCCAAUCAACCUCAUUCGACCUCAUCACGGCUUGUCUCUGGUAUUGUCGUACAAAAGCUUUAGAACUAGACCCACAAGACGAAGUUCGUCUCAUGUUCCUGGCUAAUGCACGUAUGGGACGAGAUAGAUUCAACCCUCCAUUACCAAAAGGGUAUUAUGGGAAUGCCGUGGUGUUUCCGACGGCGUUUUCGAUUGCUGGAAAACUGUGUGAGAGUCCGUUAGAGUAUGGUUCGAAGUUGGUUAGAAAAGCAAAGGAUGUAGUGAAUGGCGAGUAUUUUCACUCGGUGGCUGAUCUGUUGGUGAGCAGAGGACGACCCAGUUUCACCACAGUGAGGUCAUUCAUUGUUGCAGAUUUUUCUCGUCUUGGAUUUAAAGAUGUUGAUUUUGGGUGGGGCAAGGCUGUGUUUGCUGGUCCUGCUUUGAGUGGACUUGGCACAUUUCAAGGAUUCACUUUCUACGUUGGAUAUACGAAUAGUAAAGGUGAGGAAGGAAGAAUCAUACCUGUUUGCCUGCCGCCAGAAACCAUGGAGAAAUUUGCCAAAGAGUUGGAUCUCUUGCUUAACAAUGCUAACCAAUCUGCCAUUGAUGGUUAAUACGUAGAUGCAUGCAAAAAUGCCGUCAAGUAUUUGCAUAGUUAUUGUGUUUUUGUGUGUGUCUGUGUGUGUAUGUGUGUGUAUGCACGUCGUAUAUAUGUUCAUGUUUGUUUAUGAUGAUGUCCGUUGUAAUGCAUUGAGGCUGUUCCGCAGUAGUAUACCAUG